GCCGAAAGCGCUCCGGCUCCCCUCGCGACCGCCUGGAGUACCGCACGGACCGUCUGGGCCUGGCAGAGCGUUCACUGAGCCACGGGCGCGAGGCCACACUGGCAGUCCACAGCACCUCCUCAUCCCGCACCCGUGACCCCAGGGUGGACGAACGGGUGCGCCGCGUAUCCCCGGAGCAGCUGAGCAGGGACAGGUACAGCCGAUAUGAGAAGGAGCGCAUUGAGGAGUAUGUCGAACCGCGGCGAGAGAGGCGGUCCCCCGUGGCACCAUCCAGACCCAGGGAAGUGGAGCGCAAGGACAGCCACAGACACCGCGACUACGAGAGGCACGAGAGAGAACAUUACGAGGAGAGACGGAGAGAGGACGCCAGGAGGGAGGAGAGAGAGAGGGAGCAGCUGAGGGAGAGGGAGGUGCGGGAGAGGGAGUUACUGCGCGACAGGGAGCUGAUGAAGGAGAGGGAGCGCGUGGAGAUGCUGGAGAGGGAGCAGGAGAGGGAGAGGGAGAGGGAGCGGCUGAGGGAGGUGGAGGAGAGGAGAAGUCGCUACGGGCGUGAGCAUGAGUUUGUGAGGGAGCGCGAGGUUGUCUUGCGUGGGACCAGCCGAGACUUUGAGGAGGAGCGGGAGUUCUACGCUUCGCGGGUGCGGCCGGAGCUGGACGCCAGGGUCAUGCCCGUGGACGACCGCCGCGCCUACGAGGACACCGCCUACGACCGCUUCCAGACCGAGAGGGAGAGGGCCAGGUACGAGAGCAGCCGCAGUCGCUAUGAGGAGUUGGCACUGCAUGACCGCCGGGCACUGCCACCGCCCUUGGACGACCGCUGUGCCGAUCGCCGCGCGCCCCCCAUCGACACACGCUUCCCGGAUGAACGUAGGAGGAGUGCCAGCAGCCUUGACCCCCGCGUGCAUGAUGCCUGGAUUGAGGAGCACCGUGAGCUGGAGAGGCUGGAGCGCACCGACCACUACCCCUCACACGUGGCACCCCUGAGGCACCGCCAGCACCCAGAGUGGCCCUCACGCAGCAGCGCCAGCACCUGGGAGAGGCACAAGCACGCCAGGCACGACGAGUGGGCUGAUCAGUACGGCCGCAGCGGAGCCUCCAGCAGCCGCGCGGGGGAGUGGCCGGAGGAGCCUCGGGACUGGGUGGAUGAUCGCGUUGUGGCGCCGUCCUCCCUCCACCAGGACCAGUGGAGCACACACUCGAGACGCAGUUACCGUGAGGAGUGGGCCGCACGGGAGGCUGAGUGGGUGGAGCACGCGCCGCCCCCGCCUUACUCCAGCGGGCGGGAGCUGCUGCCUUCCUCCCAGAGUGUGUCCCUAAGCCGUGAGCGCUCCCAGCAGCCACCCGUCAGCCGAAGGUCUCGCCGGGACCCAGUGGAACCCAGCCUGGAGCCACCCCCCUCACGACACCACCUGCCGCCCACCACCGAGGACGAGCCGCUGGACGCUGGCAUGGUACCCAGCCGUGGCGGGGAAAUUGUCAGCCCACAGCCCGCAGACCAGGACCAGACACACAUGGCAGGCGCCGACAAUGAGCUGUGGGAGUAUGACCCAGGCAAGGGCUCCUGGGUGCGCCGUCCAGCAGAUCCCAACAGCUCCUCCCUCACAGCCCCCCCCUCCAGGAUGUCCUCGGAGCGGGAGAGUCUGCUGAAAAAGGAGAAGCAGCCGCCGGAACCGCUGCCGGAGGAGCCCAUGGACGAGAGGGACCGGAAACACUUGCCGUCGGAGGAUAGGAAGCGCAGCGCCUCGGAGGACAGGAAACGCGGCCCCUCAGAGGACAGGAAGUUGCGCGGGUCUUUGGAGGAGAGAAAACGGAGCGAGGAGGAGAGGAGCAGCAUAGAGGAGCCGGAGGUGAAGCGACAGAGGACUGAGUCACCACCACCACCACCACCACCACCCCCACCGCCAGCCCAGGAGGAGGAGGGUGGGGUGGCAGCGGAAGGCACAGCAGCAGCAGGAGGAGGUACAGCCAGUGGGUCAGCAGUACCAGCAGGAGCAGCAGCAGCAGGAGGAGUAGGAGGAGGUGCAGCCCAGUCCACAACAGCAGCCCCACCACCAGCACCAGCACCAGACCCGCUACAGGAGAAGGAUACGUUUAGCGAUAUCAGCGACGAUGUGGAUGAUAUUCUGAACCAGGAGGUGGGUGGCUUUAACGAGGACGAGAGCAGAGCCGUGGCCACAGCGCAGGUCGAGGAAUCCAGGAACCUCAGCCGGGACAACGCUCCGUCCUAUGAAGAGUUGGUGGAUGAGGACGAGGAGACUCACCUGGAGGAGAUCAGUGAUGAUGAGCUAGAGGAAGAUCGGCAGGCUAAAUUCAACGUGGCGGGUGCGCUGGACAUCAACUGGGCCGCCCUGGUGAGGGAUACCAAGCCGCCAACUAACGAGGUGGCGGCUGGCACUGCCCUCAAGCGCUUCAAGGCCCCACACCUGCUGGCCCGGCUUGGGGUCUCCACCAGGUUUGCCCGACCCGAGGUGGUGGAGGGCAUCCGGCAGGAGUGUGCGGCGCAGAGUGACGCGGACACGGAGAAGGUGGAGAUCUCUGCCGUCAUCGAGUGUGGCGGCGUGGCCAGGCUGCUCAAGGCCCGGGCUGAGGAGAGGCAGCGCAUCCUGGACGGCAUCGGACCCAACAGGAAGGCGCUGUGUGCUCGCCAAGACAUCGAGCUGAGGCGUCAGCUGUGUAACCUUCCCAGGCAGGACCUCAUCGGGGAGAGUCCGCUGCUGGACCGAGACUUGUUCAGGCAGUCCCUCGCCCUCCUCAAGUCCUGCUGAGACCUGGACUGUCAUGCAAGGGUAACCACUAACUGACUGGCCACUUGACUGUCAUGUAAGGGUAACCACUGACUGACUGCCCUCUACUGUCAUGUGGAGUCAGUCAGUCAUGGAGUGGUUGGUGAGCAAGUUGUAUUUUGUGAACUGUGUACUAAGUGAAUUUCAUAGAUUAAGGUAUCAUGCAAUUGUGUCUAUACUUACUUAUUUUUAUUACUCUUAUAAGAGACGAAAGAGGUGGAGAGGUAGGAGUGUGGAUACUAUAAGCAGCCUCUACAGUGGCCCCCAAAAUACCUGAGACUUCACUUUGUUCUGUGAUUUAUGGGCAGUAUUUUAAAACAUUUCAUCUCCCAAGUUCACACAUUUGACAAGGCUUUCAUAGGAGUUUGGGGCAUUUCCAGGAGUAGCUUUUUUACCCUUGUAGUAGUUUAACCCUUCCUCUGUACCAUGAAACCUCCUCUUUGUUCUGAGAUGUCAAGGAAGGGAGAAAAUGUUCAAAGUAAGGUCCCUGAUUAGAGUUUCUGGAUGUCAUGAAAGCAAGUUGUCCAUUUGGGAACCCUACAGAAGCACCUAUUGUAUAGUAAACCUCCUCUUUGCUCUGAGAUGCAAAGGAAGGGAGGACAUGUUCAAAUAAGGCCCCCAAUUAGAGUUUCUGGAUGUCAUGAAAGCAAGUUGUCCAUUUUGGAAGUGUACAGAAGCACCCAUUGUAUAGUAAGCAAGUAAAC